AUGACGUCCUCCGCGCCGACGACGCCGCUGCUUUAUGCGUGCGUCGCCCACAAUACCACAAUCCUCGCCGAGUGCAUCGCUUCCGCCUCCAGCCAAACCUCUGCCCUCGCCUCCCUCGUCCUGCCCAAGAUCGACCACAAGACACCACAGAAAUUGACAUUCACGCACGGCUCCAACCACAUCCACUAUGUCGCCGAGGCGCCCGACCCGGACGAUGCCGACAGCACGGCCAGCAGCGCCGGCGGCCUGACCUUCUUGGUCGUCGCCGACGGCAGCCUCGGCCGCCGCAUCCCCUUUGCGUUUCUCGUCGCCGUCCGCGCCCAGUUCUUUGCCGACUUCCCGCCCGCCCACACCGACUUUUCCGACCUGCCCAACUACGGCUGCGCCUCCUUUAACGGCACCCUCAAGGCCCUGCUCGUCCAGUUUGGCACGUCGUCCGAGGAGGACGCCCUGUCGUCCGUCCGCCGCGACAUGGACGACGUCCGCGGCAUCAUGGGCCGCAACAUCGAGUCCCUGCUGGAGCGCGGCGAGCGCAUCGACCUGCUGGUGGACCAGACCGACCGCCUGGGCGGCAGCGCCCGCGACUUCCGUGUGCGCAGCCGCGGCCUGAAGCGGCAAAUGUGGUGGAAGAACGUCAAGCUCAUGGCCCUCAUGGGACUGGUGUUUGUGCUGGUGCUGUUGACCAUUGUCCUGUCGGUGAAGUCGUAA